CGGUGCAUUAUGGGUAAAGUAGUUUACUUCUACGUUUCUCGGGCGCCACAAAAUGGUGGAAGAUCGGUGUGAUCAUAGAAGUACCGGAUUUAUGGGCCUAAUCCAAGCUAUUAGAACACCCUAAAUACGCAGAAUGGUAAAAUAGCACAAACAAAUUGUCGUAAAGGGACGAAAAUGGCUGUGUUUUUGCGUCCAAACAACAAGAAAGCACUUAGAAAAGACUUGAAAGGCAAACAACAGCAUGCGGUCAGCGGGCGAAAGGACGAUGAACUUUUCGUGUUUGGCUAUGGCUGUAAACUGUUUGAGGACUUCGAGAAAGCAGAAUUUAUGGAACAGGGAAAGCAUCUUAUAGAAUGGCCUGGGGAUGACAGUCUUCUGAUCGACAGGUACGAUGGCAGACUACUCUUUACAGACAAGUCUCAAUUUGAGCCAAGUGGAAGGCCAUCUGUGAUGACAGCCGAGGAGAUUGAGCUUGAGAAGCUCUGUGAUGAGGAGAGAUACCUUGAACUUACAAGAGACCUGUUGGAGGAUGAGAUCCAGCAAGAGGAAGAGAUGAAGAGAUUUAAAGAAGCGCUCUCCUCAGAUGGUGCAUAUAAUGCUGUGGGGUUUGGCUAUGGAGAUCAGCAACAAGGAGAACAUAUUCAAGACCAAGGGAGGGCAUCAUCAUUCGAAGACGCAAAUGAGCAAACCUCCAUGCAACCUCUACCAAAGCCAGAAGCUGUAGAGAAGUUUAUAGCGCCUGAGGAUCUGGAAGUCCCCCCUGGAAUGGAAAUACCUGAUACGGCAAAGAUGAAUGCCAUUAUAGAGAAGACAGCGCUGUUUGUUAGCAAGCAAGGCACUCAGAUGGAAAUACUAGUCAAGGCAAAGCAAGCUGGCAACCCACAGUUUGACUUCCUGAAUUUUGACAACUGGCUGAAUCCCUACUACAAGCAUAUGCUGAAGUACAUCAAGGAGAAGAGAUAUGAACCCAAGAUACAAACUCAACCGGAGUCACCUGAACAACAAGAAGAGGAAAGCGAGCAGGAGGACUCUGAUGACGAGUAUGAGCUUCACCCUCUACUGACUGCAUCCCUCAAAACUACGGCAUCACCCUACUCAUCUGCACCCUCGUCACCUUCAACUCAGCAAGGCGACAUGCUCACCCAGCCUCAGACAAAUGGAGCUGAUGGAGUGUUAUAUACUCAUCCUGUGAGUUCACAUGAGCAACAGCAAGCGUGGCAUCAUGAUCAAAUGGCUUAUCCCUAUGAUAUGACUACAACAAGUUAUGCAGUCCCACACACUUACCCGGCUCUCACGGCCUACCACCAUAUGCACCACCAUAUACAAGCACCCCCUAUAAUGUCUGUCGCAGACAUGAUACCACCCCCUCCCCCACCACCCGGAGAAGGACCCCCUGAAGAAGAGUGGCUUAAAGAAGGUGUUGGCUCACCCUCAAAUCCAGUGACACCUCCUCCCCCUCCCCCAGCAUUACCCCUCAUACCUCACUUCCUCCCAGAUACCCAGGUGGCUGUACCCCUAGGAGUACCCUACCCUGUCACUAGCCAUGCCACCCCCACCAUCAUUCCCCCUCCCCCUGACCUUCAGCCCAUUGUGGACAAGCUGGCUCGGUAUGUCGCCAAGAAUGGGCCUGACUUUGAGAGCAUCAUCAAGGCUAAAGGAGAUCCAAGAUUUGACUUUGUUCUGCCUUGGAAUGAACACCACGCCUACUACCAAUUCAGGAUCCGCACUUGUGCUGAAGAAUUUGCAAAGGAACAAGAAACCAGUGGAAGCGAUCCAAAGACCAACAGUGUUCCCAUAAGUUUUUCCAUAAAAACAAAGGAAAUUCAGAAGCCUAAGAUUGAAUACCGCAGCAAUGUCCUGUACAAGCAAAGCUUUGGGACUGGGGAGAGUGAAGAGGAAGAUGAAAAAAGUCCCAAAGCUGAAGGAGAGAACAGUGGCGAUACAACAGAGGAAGGAAGCAACCCCCCAUCUGAGCCUGCAAGCAAUCAAAAUGAUGACAAUGAAGGCAAUGAUGGUGAGGAUGCAGUUGCUGCUGCUCAGAGAGUUGCUGAGAGAUUAGAGCUUCAAACCCAGACACAGGUAGACAAACAGCUGCAGCUUGAGAGGCGGCGCAAGGCAUCUCUCUUCAUUAGUAUGCUGAAGAAGACAAACGAACCAGAGAAUGGGGCCGAGGACUUCGGUGUGGAUUCACAAAGCAGCAGCUCACGAAGGAGAUUCUCGGAAAGAAAACGAGAGAAUGAUUCCAGACUUGAUGGAGAGCCGAAGACGAAGAAAAGUAAAUCCGAAGAUGUUGCUACAAAUGGCAGUGUUGGUGCACCUUCACCUGAUACAAUCCGGAUAGCACAGGAUCUGAUGGCCAAGGUUCGUGCUGCAUCUCGUAACAAGAGGUAGCACAUCUUGCGGAAGAGACAUAAGUAACUGAUGAAGCAAAUAGCAGCCACGACAUGUGCGCAAUGGGAAUCCUCACCAUCACCCAUGCCUUCUCUUUACAAGAGGAUGACACUUGUGCAAAGGGAGUCCCCACCAUCACCCAUGCCUUCUCUUAACUAGAUGAAACAUGUACAGGGGGGAAUCCCCACCAUCACCCAAGCCUUCUCUUAAUAAGACGAUGACUAUGUGCAAGGGGGAAUCCCCACCAUCACCUUUUCUUAAUAAGGGGAUGACACAUGAACAAGGGGGAAUCCCCACCAUCACCCAUGCCUUCUCUUAAUAAGAGGAUGACACAUGAACAAAAGGAAAAUCCCCAUCACCCAUGCCUUCAGUAAGAGGAUGAAAAUGUGCAUGGGGAAUCCACACCAUCACCCAUGCAUUCUAUUCAUAAGAGGAUGAAACAUGAACAAGGGGAAAUCCCCAUCACCCAUGCCUUCUCUUAACUAGAUGACACAUGUACAAGGGGGAAUCCCCACCAUCACCCAAGCCUUCUCUUAAUAAGACGAUGACUAUGUGCAAGGGGAAAUCCCCACCAUCACCUUUUCUUAAUAAGGGGAUGACACAUGAACAAGGGGGAAUCCCCACCAUCACCCAUGCCUUCUCUUAAUAAGAGGAUGACACAUGAACAAAAGGAAAAUCCCCAUCACCCAUGCCUUCAGUAAGAGGAUGAAAAUGUGCAUGGGGAAUCCACACCAUCACCCAUGCAUUCUAUUCAUAAGAGGAUGAAACAUGAACAAGGGGAAAUCCCCAUCACCCAUGCCUUCUCUUAACUAGAUGACACAUGUACAAGGGGGAAUCCACACCAUCACCCAUGCCUUCUCUACAAGAGGAUGACUCAUGAACAAGGGGAAAUCCCCAUCACCCAUGCCUUCAGUAAGAGGAUGACAAAGUGCAUGGGGGAAUCCCCACCAUCACACAUGCGUUCUCUUCAUAAAAGGAUGACACAUGUACAAGGGGGAAUCCCCACCAUCACCCAUUUGAGGACUUACGAUCCUGGCAUCCCCCAUCUCCAAGGGAAGCAAAUAUAAAGGGGUGAAUACCUAAAAUUCCCCUUGUGCUAAAAUGGUCACCACCGAAAUGGAAAUCACAAUCACUUCAAUGCCAAUAGUUGUACAACUACACAAUGGCUGUAUAACUACACCAAGCUGUGGCAUGAUUUUAGAAAUUUCCUUCCUAUUUUUUUGUAAAUAUGAUAAACAGAACUUGGCACAUCUCGUGGGGCUGGCAGGGUUGUUGGUUUUAGAACAGCCUAGCUAGCCAGAAUUAGAAUGGACCAGUGUUAUGGACAGUGCAAACCGCUAGACUUGUCAAGUGCAGAGCUCAGUAACAAUAAGCAAAAAGAUAGGAUCAAGUUCGAAAUAUUGCACAAAUAACAAAAUUUUCUUUUUUCUGAGAACUGGACAGGAAAUUAACAGAUUGGAAAGGCUCUGAAGCAAAAAAAAAAUGUUGGGUUUCGUUAUUUUCAGUUGCAUGCACUUGAAACAAGCACAUGUUGUUUUUAAAUUUUAUUCUAAAUCACUUUUUGUCCUUCUUUGUGUAGAAAACAAAUCCUAAACAGUAUGUACAAAACAUUCUUUUCAACUUUGAACCGAUCUAAGUUAAUCUGUGGCUCUGCUUUUUCUAUAUCUACAGAGCUCUGCACUGGUCCAUGUUGUGCUGAUUUGGUCCUAAAAUAAAGAUGUAAAUACCAUAAUAUAGUUAUUUUAUUAAAAUUUGAUAAAACA